AUGAGUAGCGAUGGGUCUUCCAUACGCUUUAGCGACCACACACUUGACAAGGCCACCAAGGCCAAGGUAACAUUGGAAAAUUACUACAGUAAUUUGGUGACACAAUACGGGGAACGUAAACAACGUCUGGCCAAGUUGGAGGCCCAACUAAAAGAUGAAAGUCUCACAGAUUCCCAGCGCCAAGAAAAACGCCUCCAACAUGCCCAAAAAGAAACGGAAUUUCUUCGCCUCAAACGUUUACGUUUGGGUGUUGAAGAUUUCGAGGCGUUGAAAGUAAUCGGUCGGGGAGCUUUCGGCGAGGUCCGUCUCGUCCAGAAAAAGGACACUGGUCAUGUGUAUGCCAUGAAAGUUUUGCGUAAGGCUGAUAUGUUGGAAAAGGAGCAGGUGGCCCAUGUGCGUGCUGAACGUGAUGUAUUGGUUGAGGCCGAUCAUCAAUGGGUCGUUAAAAUGUACUAUAGUUUUCAGGUAAGUUGUUGUGCUCGUGAUACAAACAUUAACACACACACGCUCGCAGAGCAUCAUCAUCAUCUGUGGUUUUAA